GCAGAAAAGCUUUUCCAAUGUGCAAGUUUUAAUGUAAGUUGUUGCAGACUGCGAUACAGAAAGGACUGCUGUGUCCUGAGGCUGAAAAUCUGUAGAUUUUUGCCUGCCAUCGUAACCUGGUCUGAGCUUCCUGGUCCAGAGCAGUGUGCUUUCCAGAUGCGGCCAUGCCCAUCAUUAGCAACGCCAACCAUGACUUCAGCAAUCUGUCUGUCAGUGACGACAGCAGUCUCGACCGCAUCUUCACAGAGAUCCCCGAGACUGAGACCAUCAAGGGUGUGUACUACAAGAGGGCUCAGUACAUCCGUCGGCCAGAGGACCUGGUGUCCGUCGACCACGCCUUGUUGGCAGUGAUCAACGUUGGGGGAAACCGCUACACUUUCCCCUGGAGCACCCUGGAGCAGUUCCCCCUCACAAGACUUGGCCGCCUCUGUGGCUGCCGCUCACUUGAGGAAAUCGCCAGCGUCUGCGACGACUAUGACGAAGCUCGCAAGGAAUUCUUCUUCGACCGCUCACCAUCUGCCUUCAGGGUCAUCCUCAACUUCCUGGCUGCAGGGAAGCUGCGCCUGCUCCGGGAGAUGUGCGUCCUCUCCCUGCACGAUGAGCUGACCUACUGGGGUGUGGAGAUGACGUAUAUGGAGCGCUGUUGUAAGAGGAAGAUGUACACACGUGUGGAGGAGGUGCAUGAGCUUGAGCGGCGUGAGGAGGAGCGCAGGCAGAGAAACGCUUUGCAGCGUGUGCCGGUGGAGGAGACGAGGUACCGGAAAGUAAUGAACUGGCUGAGAGAUAUGGUGGAGAAUCCACAAUCGGGUUUACCUGGGAAGAUCUUUGCCUGCUUGUCAGUGAUCAUGGUGGCGGUGACUGUCAUCAGCUUGUGUAUCAGCACCAUGCCAGACCUUAGAGAGGAAGAGGACAGGGUAAACACAGUAGCAGUGAAAGAGCUGUCCUCAGGGGCUGGUACACCUCAGGAGGCAGCUCACUUUCCCAAACCCAUC